GCCCUUUGUAUUUACAGGUUAACUGGAAAUUGGCACUCUUUCUGCUUGGGAACCUUUUGGUCAUCAUGGUGCAUAUCUAAAGACGAUAACAGCAGGAAGGGGAGUGUCUGUCCAGAGCAGGGACAUUUCUCCCAGAGUUCAGAAAUAUCACAUAUAAAUUGUCUCUAGCAUUUCUUCACUUAGACUUUUACCCUUCUUGCACUGAGACCAUUAAAAUGAUAUCAAACAUGAACACAUUUUCAUCUCAUAAUACACAAGAUACAUUUCAAAUCCAACAUUUAAUGAAGUCCCAGGAGGUGUUAAAGGUCCUUCACAGGGUGACAAGUGACCAUGUGGCCAGGACCAGCUGUGGGGGUUCAGAGAUAAUUGGGGCACCCCAUAAAAUAGCUUUAUAAAACAUUUGAAUUUAAACUAAACUCAGUUUUUCUUUUAUUGCAGGCCAACACAAUGCACCUUCCCAGGUGGUUGCCAGGGGCGUGUCUGUUGUUGCUAUACAUUACAGAUGUCUGGACAGCAACCUUCAAGCUGGCUCUGAUUGGUCCAUGGUCUUGUGAUCCCAUGUUUUCCCGGGCAUUGCCAACUGCUGCGGCCAACCUGGCGUUGUCACGAUUACGGAGUGACAGCAGUCUGAGCAGAGGAUACCGUUACGACAUUAAACUUUUGGAGGAGGACUGCUCCAUUUCCAAAGCUCUGACAGAACUUGGGGACAUGGAGGGUUAUGGCCACGCCUACAUUGGACCCUUUAAUCCUGCACUCUGUCACGCUGCUUCCUUAUUGGCUCAGCAUUGGGAGGUGGGGCUUGCUUCUCCAGGCUGCCUGGAUGCUGAUUGGCCAAACUUGCCUCCCAUCACAACACCCAGCAGAGUCCUGUUCACCGUUCUCAGGUUCUUCCGCUGGGCACAUGUUGCCGUGAUCUCAGCUCCAACCGACCUAUGGGAAAGCACCGGACAGGAAGUGGCCUCAGCGCUCAGAGCUCUGGGCCUGCCAAUUGGUCCAGUGGUUACCAUGGCAACAAGGAAUAAGGGCGGACCUCGAGAGGCACUCAGAGUGAUCAAAGAGGCUGACAAGGUCAAAGUGGUGAUCAUGUGCAUGAGCUCGAUCCUGAUUGGUGGAGAGGAUCAGAGAGAGCUCUUAUUGGCUGCUUUGGACAUGGGGAUGGUCUCCCAUGGUUACGUGUUUAUUCCAUACGAUGCCCUGCUGUACGCCAUGCCCUACCAGGACACAGUAUUCUCUCAGCUGACCAACAGCACACAGCUUCGUCACGCCUACAGCUCCGUUCUGACUGUUACCAUGGCGUCUGACCAGAGUUUCUAUGAAGCUUUUCGUCAGGCUCAAAUCAACCGAGAGAUCCGGUCUGCUGUAGCUGCAACUCAGGUGUCUCCAGUCUUUGGGACCAUCUUUAACAUGGUGUACUUCGUUGCUAAGGCGGUGGAAGAGCGUCGUCAGGCAGGAGGCAGGCGCUGGGUGACAGGUGAUCAGCUCAUCCAAACAGACGGAGGCUUUGAUUUCCAGGGCUUCAAUCAGGUGUUGUAUGGAGGGAAAGCUGGGCACGGCCUGCAGGCCAGGUACGUGGUGUUGGACAGUGAUGGCGACCGACUGGUGCCAACACACUCGCUCGCUCCAACGCACACCUAUGGGACAGUUGGAGGCUUGAGGCCGCUGAGUCGGUCCUUCAUCUUUCCUGGAGGAAAACCCCCCAUCGCCAGCUUCUGUUGGUUCAGUCCAGAGGAGGCCUGCAGUGGGGGUUUGGGCGUGGCGACAAUGUUCUUUCUCUUCCUGUUGAUCUGCCUGCUGAUUGGAGCUUUUACCUACUGCAUCAGGAAGCAUAGAAAAGCAGCAAACAUCUCCAAACUCAUCCUGACUCUUGAUGACAUUGUCUUCAUUGACACUCAAGUCAGCAGGAAGAAACUGAACGAUGAGUCAAUCAUGAGGAGUCUUCUGGAAAUUAAAACUCCUUUUCGCUCUAUUGCUCGAAGUUAUAUCCUGACGACCCCUGAAAGCUCCAACAUAGGAAUACUGGAGGGCGACUGGGUUUGGCUGAAGAAGAUUCCUGUUGGAAAUACAAUAACAGCUGUCAAUCAAAAGACCCAGAAUCUAUUCAGCCAGUUGAGGGAAAUGCGACACGAGAACCUGAACUUGUACUUGGGUCUGUUUUUGGACUCUGGGAUCUUUGCUCUGGUGGUUGAGCACUGUCCUCGAGGCAGUCUGGCUGACCUGAUUGCUGACAGCAACAUGAGGCUGGACUGGAUGUUCAAAUCGUCUCUGCUCAUGGACCUCAUCAAGGGAAUGAAGUAUCUUCACCUUCGAGGUCUGAGUCACGGACGCCUCAAGUCCACAAACUGUUUAGUCGAUGGACGCUUUGUUCUGAAAGUCACAGACUAUGGACUUCCCAUGAUCCUUCACUCUCAGAGCCUCAGCGUUCCCGAAGACCCACACGAGCUGUUGUGGACGUCUCCCGAGCUUUUAAGGAAUCCGGUUCGAGGAGGCUCAUUUGCUGGAGACGUCUUCAGUUUCUCCAUCAUCAUACAGGAAGUGAUCUCACGAACACUACCAUACGCCAUGAUGGACAUGCCCGCCCAUGAGAUAGUGGAGCGUCUGAAGCAUCCCCCUCCUCUCUGCAGACCAUUGGUUUCAGUGGAUGAAGCUCCUGCUGAGUGUCUCAGUCUGAUGAAUGAAUGCUGGAAUGAAGAUCCGAGUAAGAGGCCGAGCUUCGAUGACAUUUUCAAACAGUUUCGGGGUAUUAACAGAGGGAAGAGGGCAAACAUCAUUGACUCCAUGUUGCGGAUGUUGGAGCAAUACAGUUCAAACCUGGAGGAUCUGAUUAGAGAGCGAACAGACGAACUGGAGGUUGAGAGAAACAAGACUGAGAAGCUGGUCGGACAGCUCCUGCCCAAGUCUGUGGCUCAGGCCCUGAAGAAAGGCAAGCCGGUCCAACCUGAACAUUAUUCAGAGUGCACUCUUUACUUCAGUGAUAUUGUUGGAUUUACGACCAUCUCAGCUCUCAGUGAACCCAUUGAGGUAGUCGACCUGCUGAAUGACCUCUACACCAUGUUUGAUGCCAUCAUUGCUACUCAUGAUGUUUACAAGGUAGAAACCAUUGGAGAUGCUUACAUGGUGGCUUCAGGUGUUCCCAACAGAAAUGGAACUCGACAUGCAGCUGAAGUAGCCAACAUGUCUCUGGAUAUUUUGCAUUCAAUAGCAGCUUUUAAGAUCAAACACAUGCCUGAGAUUAAAGUCAAAAUACGCAUUGGACUUCAUUCAGGUGCGGUGGUAGCAGGUGUUGUUGGCCUUACGAUGCCCAGGUACUGUCUGUUUGGAGACACUGUGACCACAGCCUCCCACAUGGAAGCGACUGGACUGCCCUACAGGAUCCACAUCAGUCUGAGCACAGUGAAGCUCCUGACCAGUCUCAAACUGGGAUACCACAUAGACACCAGAAAGGCACAGGUGAAGGGCACGAUGGACACGUAUUGGCUGAUAGGUCGAGAUGGUUUUGAUAAACCUCUUCCUGUACCUCCAGACCUCACCGGCGGGGCCAGUAACCAUGGCAUCAGUCUGGAUGAGAUUCCAGUUGAAAGAAGACAAAAGUUUCUAGACAGACAGAAGAAGAUAAAGAAAUAAUGCCAACACUCACUCUCUCUCACACAUACAAACACACACACACACACACACACACAUACACACACACUACCUCGAUGACUGGACCGUGCUUUAAAGGACAUUUUAUCACCUUGUGAGAAAUUUUCAGCCAAAAUUUGUGAACUGAAAAUGGAAUUCUGAACUGUACACUCUGAGUGAACAAUGGUUUCUUCUUCCUGUCUGUAACUGGAUGACAUUCAGCUCUGAUUGGUCACUGACAACCCUUCAUCAUAUUGAUUUUGAACCAGUCAAUUUUUGUGCCUCACGAGUCUGUGAUCCAUCAUACAGUAAUAACAUCUGUUAUUCUUAUAAAGUAAAUGUAAAUAUACACAUUACUAAUGGUGUUAGUAAGGCUUCUGAUGCUUCCUGUGUGACUGUUAUUCUUUAGCAUUGUGUGAGAGACUAAAUAAAUGAUUGAAUGAGUAGAUGAAGUGAAUGAAUGAAAGUAAAUCUUUAUUCAGGCUCUGCUGUCAUAUCCUUCUCUCACCUUUCAACAUUGUGUUCUACUGAAGCUGCAGUGAUCAGUUUCAGAUAAUCAGUAAUCAGUUGUGUGGCUGUACCUUAUGUUGCUGAUGGGUCAGUUUUUCAGUCAGUUGACAAUAUGCUAGUCGUUGCAUUUGUUUAACUUUUCUUGUCUUAAGUGAGAAUAUGUCCCAAAUCUCUUCAGUUGUGUAUUUGUAUCACUAGAGACAAACAGACUAUGAACAAGUUUUUAAUAUUUAAAUAUACACAUAAAAUUUUUAGAUUGUUCCAUUUUAUCUAUCCUUUCAUAUUUCAAGAUUGGUCUCAAAGUCUGAAGAAUUGGUCUAAAGAAUUUCCCUUUGGGGAUAAAUAAAAGAAUUCUGAUUCUGA